UUCUUCUUCUCCAUAAUCUCUCUCUCUCUCUGCUCGCUCUGGUUUUUCUCAGUACUGUGGAAGAGAGAGAGAGACACAUUGAGGAUACAGAGCUUUAAUGGCGGCACUCAGUAGAUGGUCGUCUCUGUCGUUGGUCGCGCUUGCAAUGGUGUUCUUCGUAACAAUGGCUCUGGUUCGCAGAGAACAGACCUCCGAAAUUAGGACUGAGUUAGCGGCAGAGUUUCAGAGCUCUAGCAACUCAUCAAUGGCGGCGAGGGUGGAGAAUGAUGAUGUGGAGAAACUAAAAAAUGAGCAUGCUGUGGAUAAUCCUGAUGAGAUUGCUGCCUCUGUUGAGAUGAGCAUCCGUAAUAGCACUGAAAGGAGGAAGUUGGGGUUCUUCUCCUGUGGAACUGGGAAUCCCAUUGAUGACUGCUGGCGUUGCGACUCCAACUGGCACCGCAACCGUAAGCGCCUUGCCGAAUGCGGCAUUGGGUUCGGUCGGAAUGCAAUCGGUGGUCGUGAUGGACGUUUCUACGUCGUCACUGAUUCGAGCGACAACGAUCCGGUGAACCCGAAGCCAGGGACACUGCGUCAUGCUGUGAUCCAAGAGAAACCUCUAUGGAUUGUGUUCAAAAGGGACAUGGUGAUUCAAUUGAAGCAGGAACUCAUCAUGAACAGUUUUAAAACCAUUGACGCUCGUGGGGUCAAUGUACACAUAGCUAAUGGCGCUUGCAUCACAAUCCAGUUUGUGACCAAUAUCAUCAUCCAUGGUCUUCACAUCCAUGAUUGCAAGCCCACAGGGAACGCCAUGGUGAGAAGCUCUCCAACUCAUUUUGGGUGGAGGACCAUGGCUGAUGGAGAUGCCAUUUCCAUCUUUGGGUCAAGUCAUAUUUGGAUCGAUCACAAUUCACUCUCUAAUUGUGCUGAUGGCCUUGUUGAUGCUGUUAUGGGCUCAACUGCAAUCACAAUCUCCAACAAUCACUUCACCCACCACAAUGAGGUGAUGCUUCUAGGCCAUAGUGAUUCCUACACAAAGGACAAGCAAAUGCAAGUCACCAUUGCUUAUAACCACUUUGGAGAGGGACUCAUCCAAAGAAUGCCAAGAUGUAGGCAUGGCUAUUUCCAUGUGGUGAACAAUGACUACACACACUGGGAGAUGUAUGCCAUUGGUGGGAGUGCAAACCCCACCAUCAAUAGUCAAGGCAAUAGAUAUGCUGCUCCAACCAACCCUUUUGCCAAAGAGGUGACUAAGCGAGUCGAAACAGCGGAGAGCGAAUGGAAGGGAUGGAACUGGAGAUCAGAAGGAGACAUGUUGCUGAAUGGAGCUUAUUUCACCCCAUCAGGUGCUGGAGCUUCUGCAAGCUACGCCAGAGCCUCCAGCCUAGGAGCCAAGUCUGCUUCCAUGGUUGGAUCCAUCACAUCUUCUGCAGGUUCGCUCCCGUGCCGCCGAGGCCAUCCCUGCUAGUCCUCAUUCCCCAUCAUUUUAACUCCCAACACCACCAAAUGUUCAAAAGCCAUAGACAAAAAAGCCGCUCCUCUUUCCUCUUUUUGAUUUUAGACAAAAACUCCAUGAUUUCUCAUUAUAGCCUUUCAACAAGUUACACUUUUUUUUUUCCUCUCAAAACUUGUUUUAAAACCAAAUUUACCUCAUUUCCUUCCACCAUUAUUGUUGUUGUUCAUCUGUUGGGUUGCUCAACCUCGGCCUGCUUCAGCUGAAAAGAGAAUGCCAUUUUAGAAGCAGGUGCAGAAGCGUUGUCCUUUCUCCAUUUUUUUAAAAUUUUUUUUUACCAU